AUGGCAGCACGGCCGGAGAGGGCGGGGGCCUAUCUGAACAACAGCAGCAAACCCGAGGGAGAGUUGCUCCCUACUCCGCAUGCCCCCGCAAAGAGCGACGGGACCUUGGCUGGAGAUGAGCUACCCAUGGCAGCGAGCCGAGGAGCCGGGCCAUUUGUGGGGGGGGAGGGACGGACAUCUGGAGUUCCUGAAGUUAUGAAGUUAAUAUUUAGCAUGGCAUGGGGAGGGAUAGAGCUUCCCCGCAAAACCUCUAACUCUAGUAAACUGGAAGGAGAAAGGAGGGCCAAGGCUGGCUUCAGGAGGCUUCUGCACCAUCUGUGAUAUGAUAUGAUUGACAUUGUAUUAGCAGAUGUCAAAGAAGUCUGUAACUAGGCAGGGAAUUACUAAUCAGCAUCAACAUCCAC